GGGCUCUCUAUGGUCCCGCCCGCCCGCGGGCUAGAGAGGCCCAGCCGGCGCGCGGGCGGCGCGCGGGGAGCGCUGGGAGCGGGGCGGCCACUCGCGCCUCUUCUUCCCCCUCCCCGCCUCCCGGCCGUGGCGCUCUGGGGCUCGGCCGUCGACAUGGGCGCCGCCGCGUGGGCACUGCCACACCUGCUGCUGCGGGCGUCUUUCCUGCUUCUGCUGUUGCUGCCGCUGCCGCUCCGCGGGCGGUCAGCGGGCUCCUGGGACCUGGCCGGUUACCUGCUCUACUGUCCCUGCAUGGGGCGCUUUGGGAACCAGGCUGAUCACUUCUUGGGCUCCCUGGCAUUUGCAAAGCUGCUGAACCGCACCUUGGCUGUACCUCCGUGGAUUGAAUACCAACAUCACAAGCCUCCUUUCACCAAUCGCCACGUGUCCUACCAAAAGUACUUCAAACUGGAGCCUCUCCAAGCCUAUCAUCGGGUUGUCAGCCUGGAGGACUUCAUGGAAAAUCUGGCACCCACCCACUGGCCCCCUGAGAAGCGGGUGGCAUACUGCUUUGAGGUGGCAGCCCAGCGAAGUCCUGAUAAGAAGACAUGUCCCAUGAAGGAAGGAAAUCCUUUUGGGCCAUUCUGGGACCAGUUUCAUGUGAAUUUCAAUAAGUCAGAGCUGUUCACAGGCAUUUCCUUCAGCGCCUCCUACAAAGAACAAUGGAUCCAGAGAUUUCCUCCAAAGGAGCAUCCUGUGCUUGCACUGCCUGGAGCCCCAGCCCAGUUCCCCGUCCUUGAGGAACACAGGGAGCUCCAGAAGUACAUGGUGUGGUCAGAUGAGAUGGUGAGAACAGGAGAGGCCCAAAUCAGCACCCACCUUGUCCGGCCCUAUGUGGGCAUUCAUCUGCGCAUUGGCUCCGACUGGAAGAAUGCCUGUGCCAUGCUGAAGGAUGGAACUGCAGGGUCACACUUCAUGGCUUCCCCUCAGUGUGUGGGUUAUAGCCGCAGCACAGCCAUCCCCCUCACCAUGACCAUGUGCCUCCCUGACCUGAAGGAAAUCCAGCGGGCUGUGAUGCUUUGGGUGAGAGCACUGAAUGCCAGGUCGGUCUACAUCGCCACAGACUCUGAGAGCUAUGUGUCUGAGAUCCAGCAGCUCUUCAAAGACAAGGUGAAGGUGGUGAGCCUGAAGCCCGAGGUGGCCCAGAUUGACCUGUACAUCCUUGGCCAGGCUGACCACUUCAUUGGGAACUGUGUCUCCUCGUUCACUGCCUUCGUGAAGCGGGAGCGGGACCUGCAUGGGAGGCAGUCGUCCUUCUUUGGCAUGGACAGACCCUCCCAGCUUCGGGAUGAAUUUUGAUCCCAUCUGGAGCCCCCACCCCCACCCCAACCACGCUUGGCUGCUAAGGAUGCUCCUGGGACUUCUCUCCUGCCAGAGAUGGAGAACAGUACCAAGGACUUCCUAGAAGAGAAGGCAUUCCAUCCCAGGCAUUGGCCCUAUGCUCCACAGCCAGAGCUGUUCUGGGCUGUACGUGCUUCCAGAGAAUGUGCACAUACAAAACAGCCCACCCCCAGCCUGGGGCUUGCCCUGCUCUGAAUGGCCUGCAGUUCUCAACUCUCUCUUGAGCAGUUACUUUAUAAGGAGGAAGAUUUUUUUUUAUAGGGUUUCUUGGUUGAGGGGUUGGGGGGUGGAACAAAGGAGUAAGGUUAAGAUGAUCUUUUAUAGCCCAGGCUGGCCUUGAACUCCUAGUUCUUCUGCCUCUACCUCCUAAGUACUGAGAUUAUAGGUGUGUGUACAACACUACUCAGUUUUGAUGCAAAGCCAUGACUACCUGAAAACUCCUCUUUAUUUUUAAAAAUCAGUGGAGUCCAUUAGUACAGAUACCUAAAGUGACCUUAUAAAUACAGACAAAGCCAAGGAGCGGGGGGCCUAUUGGCUGCUUUUUCAGGAAUCCCCUAAAGGGCCCUCAGACUUUCCCACUGCCAGGCCCAGCAACUGCCAUCCCUGGGCUCCUCUGUUGAGAGCACAGCCGGCAGGAGUUAGCACUCUAUUUAGCAAAGCGGGUGGCAGUGUCCAGGCCUCAGCAGCAUCACUGUGCUGGUGAGGCUGGCAGGGUGCUCUGAAGGCUGUUGUCUCUAAGAGCCUCCCAGCCUCUGCUCUGUAGUCUCGGCCCUCGAGGCAGCUAGUCCCCAAGGACACAUCCGUGCACAGAGGCCAUGUGAAGCCCCAGCUUGGGAACAGUCUUUGCCCCUCCAGCCAGUGCACUGCCUGCCAGUGUGGUGAGGUCCUCCUGACACUGCUGUUUUCAUUCUAAGGAGCGAAUUCUAGGUGAUGGACCAGGUGGUUCUAGACUCUGCCUUGCACAGGGACAUUUAGAGGCUGGAGCCCCAGUGGCUGACGGCAGACCAUCCUGAUUGGCACAGUAUUUCUGCAGAGCAGGUGUUGGGGCUCUUGUCUGUGGCAAGCACUGUACUCUUUGACCCAGUUUCUCCCCUGUAAGUGCUGAGUCUGGUGGGUUACAAGCUUCCAGUCAGCUAGUGAGCGUUAUAAACCUGGGAUAGAACAAGACCCCUCUGUGGCCGUUGUGGAGUUUAACUGCUGCUUAUUGCCAGUUCUCCCAGGCCAGGCACUGUGCUGGUGCCUUGUAGCAUCCUCUUACUUAGUUUGCCCCUGGUAUUAUCCUUUUCUUUCUGACAAAAAAAAAAAAGUGAAUGUUUAGAGAAAUUUUCUCCCAGGCAGGGCUGCACAGCUGUGGGUGGUAAGCCAGACCCUCUGUGCUCUGUGUGUUGCCUCCCAGGACACAUUGUGAACAGAAGGACACUAGGGAAAUGAUGAGCCACCCUGACUGCCUCUGCAUACUGCUGUUGGCUUCUGCUGCCAGGCCUAGUAGGUAGCGACAUAAGAAACGGGAAGCUCUGGAUAGUUCUGGAUAGUUGUAGUAUCUGAUUUCAUUCAGAAAGUGUUUACUGAUCACCUAAUGUGUGCUGAAAGGAGUGUUGCAGCAGAGAAAGCCUUAGGAUCGGGAUUGCAAUCAGAAAGGAAAGCAAAGUGUGUAUGCUGUGGAAGGGAAGCGCUGUGAAGAAGAGCCAAGGGUGUGGAUGGGCACAGGAAGCUAUCUUAAAGGAAUCACCUUAAGGGGUGGAGAACUUACUCAGCUGAGGAAGCUGCACAUUUCCAGCAGCAAGCAUGGAGGGUGCCAAGGCCCUGAGGCAGGAGGGUACAGCAAGGAGACCUCUGUAGAUAGCAGAAAGGUGGCAUCCCAUGGAUUCACUUUGUUUGCGACCAGAGAGAGAUGUGGCCUGCUUAUGAGGAGGACCCUGUACCUCUGCUUGGAGAACUGUGUGUUUGGGGUGGGGUGGGUAGAGCAGAGGCUGGUGCUGCCUGUGGGUGAGAGGCUAGGCCAUUGUGCUGGAGGUGGGAGAAGAGAUCACAUUCUGAGUAUAUCAAAUUACUUUUGUAAUUCAGUCUCUUUAAAGAUACCAGUCUACAUAACCGUGAAGUAUAUACCAUUUAAUGUCUUGUUCUUUUUUACAUAACCACACAUCCUAUUUUCCCUGUGUGAACAUAGCUGAAUAGAUUCUUUGAAUCAUGUAAACUUC